AUGGCUGACGUCGAGGCUACGCACCCCAAGACGGUCAGCGACAGCGGCAAGGACGCCGUCUCGGUCUACCAGGACUCCGACAGCCCCGUUGUCGGUCGCGAGAACCUGUCCUAUCUCAUCCCGCCGCAUGAGUCCUACGAGGGAAAGCACCGAUGGGAUCCAGCUGCGACAUGGACUCCCGCUGAGGAGAGAGCCGUUGUCCGCAAGACUGACCUGAAGCUCCUCACCUGGCUUUGUGUCAUGUUCUUUGGACUUCAAUUGGAUCGCGGUAACCUCUCCAACGCGCUCGCGGACGAUUUCCUCAAGGACAUGAAGCUCACCAGUGACGACUACAACAACGGAAACACAAUCCAAUUGGUGUCUUUCUUGGCUGCUGAAUUCCCCGUUCAGUUCCUCACGAAGCGCUUCGGUUUCAAGUUCGUCUUGCCGACCAUGAUGAUGAUGUGGGGUACCGUUUCUUGGGGUCAGGCCUGGAUGACGACCCGCGCCGGUUUCUACGUUACGAGAGCCCUCAUCGGAGCCUGCGAGGGUGGUUUCAUCCCCGGUACCAUUUUGUUCGCGACCUACUUCUACACGUCCAAGGAGCUCUCGGUGCGAUUGGCCGUGUUCUGGUCCACGCUCAACGUUGCGCGAGUCAUCUCGGCCCUUCUGGCUGCGGGCAUCCUCCAGAUGCGCGGCAUUGGCGGCCACCCCGGUUGGUUCUGGCUCUUUUUGUUGGAAGGUCUCCUGACCUGCGUUUUGGCUGCCAUCUCCUUCCUCUGGCUUCCCCAGUCCCCGACCAACACCACCACGAUCAUGUGGAGGAAACCCUGGUACACCGAGAGGGAAGAGGUCAUUAUGACCAACCGUAUCCUUCGUGACGAUCCUGCCAAGGGCCUCACUGCUCUCAAGGAACCUGCGACUUUCAAGGACAUCAAGAACGCCUGGAGUGACCGGUCGAUGUGGGGCCUUUACUUCAUCGGCCUUGUUGCUUACAUCCCAGCCACCCCUGUGCAAGCUUACCUCACCCUCACGCUCCGCCGUAUCGGCUUCACGACCUUCAAUUCCAACAUGCUCACAGUGCCAUCCGCCGCUCUGCAAAUCAUCACCAUGUUGGCGCUGGCUUUCAGCAGCGACCACUUCAAGGAGCGUGCGUUCCACUGCAUAUUCGGCGAGUUGUGGAUUAUGCCCCUGCUCAUUGGCCUCCUCACGCUUCCUGACGGCGGCCGCGACUGGGAGCGUUUCUCGCUAGUUACGCUCAUCUCGGGCUACCCUUACUUCCACCCCAUCGUUUCUUCAUGGAUUUCAGAGAACACUUUCGAUGUCAAGAAGCGCGCCAUCACGGCGGCGACCUAUAACGUCAUCGUCCAGAUCGGAUCCCUCACCGGUUCGCAGAUCUACCGCUCCUACGAUUCGCCGUACUACAAGCGCGGCAACGCGGUAUUGGUGUCCAUCUGCGCGCUCAGUCUCGUUGUAUUUGUGGUCCAACGGCAGGUCCUCGUGCACCUUAACAAACGCAAGGAGCAGGCGUGGAACGCCAUGUCGAGCGAGGAGCAGCAGGCGUACCAGAACGACACGGCGGCGCGCGAGAAGGAAGGAAACAAGCGUUUGGAUUUCAGAUUUGUCUACUAA